AUGGAGGUCAACACUACGCUGAUUGACUGCUGCGAUCCGAAGGAUCACAGCAAGGUUCUCUUUCACUUUCUCAUUCUUGAUGCCCCGUCGCCCAGCAACCUGCCCACCUACGUGAAGGAGCUGCAGCGGCGCAACGUGCGUCACCUGGUGCGUGUGUGCGGCCCGACCUACGAUACCAGUCUUGUGCAGAACAACGGCAUCGAGGUGCACAGCUGGCCCUUCGACGAUGGUGCGCCGCCGACCCGCAGCGUGAUCGAAAGCUGGCUGAAGCUGCUGGAUCAGGAGCUGCUGAAGAUGAAGGAAGACCCGGCGGCGACGGCACCGACGAUUGGCGUGCACUGCGUGGCAGGCCUCGGCCGAGCACCGAUUUUGGUGGCCCUGGCGUUGGUAGAGUACGGCCAGGUCCCGGCGCUGGACACCAUCGCCCUCAUCCGCGAAAAGAGGAAGGGUGCAAUUAACCAGAUCCAGAUGAACUGGCUUACCAAGUACAAGCGUCGCCGACAGAGUGGCGGUGACUGUGUUACCAUGUAG